AUGGCUAGGUUUUUGCACGGUUUAAAUCAUGAGAUUGCGGAUAUAGUCGAGAUGCAGCACUAUGUUGAGUUGACAGAUAUGGUGCAUCAAGCCAUAAAGGUGGAGGAACAAUUCAAACGAAAGGGAUUGGCUAGGAGGGGACUGCCUAUGGCUACAACCAGCUCGUGGAAGACAACUCCAAAAAGGGAUGAGCAGCAACAAAAUAAGCCAAAAUUUGAAUCCUCUAAGAAUGCCAACUUAAAGACCGCCACUACUUCAGGUACAAUCGAGACUUCAAGUUCUAAAACAUGUGAUAUUAAAUGUUUUAAAUGUCAGGGGCGCGGACAUAUAGCCAGCCAGUGUGUAAACAAGAGGGUGAUGGUGAUAAAUGCCCAAGGAGAGCUUGAGUCAGAAAAUGAGGAAGAAGUAGAUAAUGAUGAUAUGCCAUCUAUGGAGGAUGCUGACGAUGAGCAAAAUGCUGUGGUUGGAGAUUUAUUGGUUGCAAGGCGAGUUCUCAAUGUGCAGGUUAAGGAGGAAGAAAGUAACCAAAGGGAGAACUUGUUUCAUACUCGGUGCUUUGUAAAUAACAAAGUUUGCAGUGUCAUUAUCGAUGGUGGGAGUUGCACAAAUGUAGCCAGCACUUAUUUGGUGGAGAAAUUGGCUUUAACUACCUUGAAACAUCCUCAACCUUACCGGCUUCAGUGGUUGAAUGAAUGUGGGGAAAUCAAGGUGACAAGACAAGUGUUGGUGGCAUUAUCCAUUGGCAAAUAUGAGGAUGAGGUGCCUUGUGAUGUGGUUCCUAUGCACGCAUGCCAUUUACUGUUGGGAAGACCAUGGCAGUAUGAUCUGAGGGUUACGCAGGAUGGAUUCACAAAUAAGUAUUCCUUCACUCUUAAUAGGCAACCUAUUACUCUUGUGCUAUUAACUCCAAAACAGGAGUUUGAAGAUGUCCUUCCUGAAAAGGUACCUUAUGGUUUACCUCCAAUCCGAGGGAUUGAACAUCAAAUUGAUUUCAUACCUGGUGCAUCAAUUCCAAACCGACCUGCUUAUAGGAGUAAUCCCGAGGAGACCAAGGAACUUCAGAGGCAAGAAGGAUGGAACAUGGAGGAUAGAGGAAUUGAGGUGGAUGAGGAAAAGGUGAAGGCAAUCCAAGAGUGGUCAACGCCUACAACAGUCAGCCAAGUGAGGAGUUUCCACGGCUUAGCUAGCUUCUAUAGACGGUUUGUGCGUGAUUUUAGUAGCUUAGCCGCCCCUCUUACUGAAGUCAUCAAGAAAAAUGUGCCGUUUAAGUGGGGAAAAGAACAAGAAAAGGCAUUUAGUCUGAUCAAAGAAAAGUUAACUAAUGCACCUUUGCUUGUUUUACCUAACUUUGCUAAAACUUUUGAAAUUGAGUGUGAUGCUUCAGGCAUAGGUAUUGGAGCUGUUUUGAUGCAAGAAGGCCGUCCAAUUGCUUAUUUCAGUGAAAAGUUGAGUGGAGCAACCCUAAAUUACCCUACUUAUGAUAAGGAGAUGUAUGCCUUGGUGAGGGCUUUGGAAAAUUGGCAACACUAUCUAUGGCCAACGGAGUUUGUGAUUCACACAGAUCUUGAGUCUUUGAAGCAUUUGAAAGGACAGCAAAGGUUGAACAAACGCCAUGCCAAGUGGGUGGAAUUCAUUGAAACAUUUCUGUAUGUGAUCAGAUAUAAGCAAGGUAAGGAAAAUGUGGUGGCUGAUGCAUUGUCCCGAAGGUGA